AUGAUAUUAGAAAAUGAUGAAGAACCUAAAGUUGGUCAAGUAAAACUUUGUAUACAUCCAUGCAACCCUGUUAGACGUGCAAAUAUUAUUCCACACAGAGUUGAAAGACUUCAUAAAAUUUAUUGGAAAGACAAUUCUGUUCAACAAAUUUUACCAAAUAUAAAAGAAAUACGUGAAUAUACUCACCAAUCAUUAGUUAAUUCACGUCCAGAUCAUCUUAGACCAUUAAAUCCAACACCUUAUAAAGUAUCUUUUAAAUAA